AAACAUCCACAUGUUGAUGAACACACUUGACUCCACCCUCUCGGCGUUCGAAAAAACUUUAUUUACAACCAGCCUCAAGAACAACCCGUCAUUUCAAAACAUACGAUAUUAAUAAACUCGGUACAAAAGCUUUAUUUUGCAUGGGAGCCAAACAUCAUCCACUUACUAAAAGGGUUUGAUUUUAUUUAUGGAACAAGCUCAAGAUCAUUUGUAGCUUCUGUGGAAUAUAACAGAUCCUGUGCGGACAAUGGCAUCGGAGGAGAUGGAAGGUUUGUGCCCAUUACCAGAAGUGGCGGGCAUCAAGGUAGAGCCUUCGGUCAGCAUUGGCUCAGUGGAGGAUGCCAACUCACAGAACGCCAUGGGCAUAAAGUUUAUUUUACCCAAUCGCUUUGACAUGAACGUAUGCUCACGCUUCGUUAAGUCGCUGAACGAGGAAGACAGUAAAAACAUCCAGGACCAGGUGAACUCUGAUUUGGAGGUGGCCUCUGUGUUAUUUAAAGCAGAGUGUAAUAUCCAAACAUCUCCCUCACCUGGUAUUCAGGUUAGGCAUGUGUACACGCCAUCGACCACCAAACACUUCUCUCCAAUAAAGCAGUCCACCACACUCACCAACAAACACCGUGGGAACGAGGUCUCAUCCACACCGUUGCUUGUUCACUCACUGUCUAUACAUCAAUUGGCAGCACAAGGAGAGAUGGUGUUCCUAGCAAGUCGAAUAGAACAAGAGUCUGUGAUAAAUCUGCAGGAUGAGGAGGGAUUCACCCCACUGAUGUGGGCAGCAGCUCAUGGACAGAUUGCUGUGGUGGAGUUUCUGUUACAGAGUGGUGCAGAUCCUCAUCUCUUAGCCAAAGGGAGAGAGAGUGCACUGUCACUGGCCUGCAGUAAAGGGUACACAGAUAUUGUCAGAAUGCUUAUCGACUGUGGAGUUGACGUCAAUGAGUAUGAUUGGAAUGGUGGUGCUCCGCUACUCUAUGCAGUGCAUGGUAAUCAUGUUCGCUGUGUGGAAAUCCUCUUAGAGAGUGGAGCUGACCCAACCAUGGAAUCAGACUCUGGGUUCAACGCUAUGGACAUGGCUGUGGCGAUGGGCCAUAGAAAUGUCCAACAGGUUUUAGAGGCUCAUCUUCUGAGGCUUCUGCAAGGUAUCAAAGAAUAACCACAGCAAAUACAAGAACUGGAGUGAAUAUUUGAGUGUUACAAGUGUUUAAAAUCUGAUGAAGUGAAUUGUCAUUUUUGAAUCCACCAUUAAAUGAACAUACUAAUGUACAGAUCAACAAACAUCACAACUGCUGACAUCAGAACUUGAGUUUUGAAUUUACUAAUAUAUAUGUGUGUGUGUGUGUGUGUGUGGUUUUGUUUAGUUAAUGUGGUGUGUUUUAGGUCACUGAUCUUUGCCUAUUUGUGAUGUGUACUUGAAAAGCUAUUUAACUUGCCAUUUAAUGCAAAAGGAUGCCGUUUCACAUUAAACUUGACAGGUAUUAUGAAUGGUUCAUAAAAAGUAGUAAAUCUAAAUCGGGUACUUGAGAAUCAAUGGAGUGGAAAAGAACAUGGUGCAAAAUCAAUUUACAGCGAGUUUUUCCAAGUACUAAUUCAACUGUCACUUGUUUUGCUGUUGCACCCAGCAAGAUUUUGUUCAGGUUUUACUCUUUGGAUUGCCCUCUUUUUAUGGCAAAUUUUGUUCUACAAAACUGUAAAUAAACCUUUACUUACACUAAA